ACUUCUAACCUCACUUUUUGGAAAUUGUCACAUUUCCAGGUACGUCGAAAAUUACGUACCAAAACAAACAGAAAAAUGCGUAUAGAAACGUGUUAUUUCUGUUCUUCCAGGAUAUUUCCUGGCCACGGCAUUCAGUUUGUACGAAACGACUGUAAAAUAUUCAAAUUCUGCCGUUCAAAAUGCCAUGCAGCCUUCAAAAAGAAAAAGAACCCACGUAAGGUGAAAUGGACCAAAGCCUACAGAAAGACAGUGGGUAAAGAGUUGGCAAUCGACCCAUCUUUUGAGUUUGAGAAAAGAAGACAUGUUCCGGUUAAAUACAGCAGAGAAACGUUCACAAAGGCUAUUGAGGCGAUGAAGAAAGUCGAAAUUAUCAAACAGAAACGACAAGGAGCUUAUAUUUUACAAAGGUUGCGUAAGGGUAGAGAAUUGGAACAAGAAAGAGAUGUUAAGGAGGUCCAACGUGACUUGUCACUUAUUCGAUCACCUGCUGCAGCUCUCAAACAGAAACAAGGUGAGAAAAUGUCUGAAGAUGAAAGAGAAAGCGAUGCUGAAGGUGAACAGAUGGAAGGAAUCAUUGAAGAUGGUGGAGAGGUUACUUUGUAAAAUAAAAUGCAAAUAUAUUCUGUUAUGUAAGUUUACUCUGACUUUAUUUAAUAAUUAUUAUUAUCAAAAUACAGGAUUAUACUUGUUUAUUACUUUGAACAAUUUGA